UCAGUCUUUCUGUUUUUUCUUCAGAACCCCAGUGAUAUUUUGACUGCACAGUACAAGCCUCUGUCCCUGAAGAAUGUUUCCUCUUUGCCACUCAAGGUUGUCCUUUCUUUGCAAGAGCCCUUUGCCCUCUGUGAUGCAAAUCACAAAAUGAUUGCAGCUCCUGAGCAGCCUUUAAAGAUGGACAUUGGAGAGAUACAUCAUCUUUCAAUCAGGUUUAACCCCUUCUAUAGAGAUGACCUGUGUAGUCGAGUAUCAGAAGAGAUUCUCGUUUUGCGUUACUUGGAGCAUCCUCACGUGGACUAUGUCGAUCUCCGGGGAGAAGUGCAUUUCCCAAAUCUCCACUUCCAAACAAUGGAUCUCAAUUUUGGCUGCAUCUUGAAUGACACAGAAGUUAUCCGUGACAUCAGUAUGAGCAACUGUAGUCCCCUUCUUAUCAAAUAUCGCUGGUCCUUCCUGACAGAUGACCGUGAGUCCUUUAUCAGGUUCAGCUCUGAAAACAUUCGGCCACUUCAUGCCCAGAAAAGGACAGAAGAGCAGGAAAUCCUGAAGCUGCCACAAAGCCCCCUGAGGUGCAAGAUUCACAAGGAUUCCAUCAGAAAAACAUCUGGAGAAGAAAAUACCAGCUAUGCAAGUGGAGAAGAGAUUUCUGUUAAAGAACAUGUUAAAGAACCUGUGGAUGAUGUACAGAUUAUGCCUGAAAUACAGUUAUUUUUGCAAACUUCUGAAGUAGACCAGGAGGCUUCAGAGAAGAACCGGGCAGGAGCCAAAGAAGUCCUGUGGUGUGCAGAGUCAGAGGAGCCACACUUGACAGGCGUGGAAGAAGUUUUUGACAUCCUGCCAUUAUAUGGAACAUUGCAGCCAAACGAGACCCAGCAAAUGUCAUUUACUUUCUACGGCCAUGCCAACAUUGUUGCUUGUGUCAAAGCACUCUGUGAAAUAGAGGGAGGCCCCACCUAUGAAAUUCUGCUGAGGGGUGAAGCCUCGCUUGUUCACUAUGUAUUUGACCAAAAGGAAAUUGAUUAUGGGCUCCAGCCCUUUGACUACAUCUGUAUGGCUGAGAUCAUUCUGAAAAACAAAGGAAAAGUUGGAUUUGAAUACUCUGUGCUUGAUGCCAUCCAGGCCUCAGCUGACAACCCACCCCCUGGUGUGCCACUGACUCUACCCGCCACUAAUUAUAUUGACUCAGGAAAGGAGCAAAUAUUGAAGGUCUAUUACUUACCAGGAGUUCCAGAGGUCUUUCAGAGAACCUUCCAAAUUCAGGUGGCUCACCUGGAACCAGAUAGUAUCACUCUGAAAGGACAGGGAGUUUUCCCUAGAAUUUGCUUGGAUCUUCCCAGAAAUAUUCGCGGAAAUGAGCGGUACAGCAGCAUCCUCAAAGAAAUGAAGCAGCAACUAGAACAGGAAACGCAGAAAGAUUUCAGCAGUAAUUCUGAAGCAUUGGCCACGGAACCACCCAUGGAAGAAUCUUUCACCAUGCUCGACACACAACUGCAGAUGGAAUUGGAAAGGCUGCUUGUUCAAGAGCACGCUCUGGAGCAACAGAAGCUGCUGGCCUCUAUUUCAGCGGAUGACCCUGCUGCCUGUCAGCGAGCUCGCCGGAAACUGGUCAAAGCCCAGCUACCUGAGUAUGUCUUAGAUUUUGGCUACAUAAUCAUGGGCACCAUCAGAACUCACAUCAUCAAGAUCACAAACACUGGCCACUUCCCCGUCUCCUUCCAUGCAGAUCGACGGGACCUACGGGACACAGGUUUCAACACUGAAUUGGAUCGGGUGAAAAAUCUACCUUUCUGCGAGACAGAGACGUUUGAAAUAUGGUUUGACCCCCAGAGUGUCGGCUGUGCCCUUGGAGAGACAGAAGUGCUGUUGCCCAUCAAGGUUGUGGCUGGUCCCACGAUCCACAUCUCUCUUCGGGCCACGGUGAUCAUGCCAUCUCUCUGUAUGUCCAGUGACAAUCUGGAGUUCUCUGCUGUCCAGUGUGGACAGUGCCAGGUGGAGACCAUCCAGCUUCACAAUCAACUGCAGGUCGUAUGCGAGUGGUUUGCCACAAGCAAUGAACAAAUGAAAAAGGUGGAUAAGCACAUGCCGAUGACCUUGCGCCGGAAAAUGCGUGAACACAAGGUGAAGCCCCAUGUCUUUGAGAUGAUUCCCCCAUAUGGGAUCCUGGCUCCCGGAGAGCGGCUCAACGUGCAGGUCAAGUUUGCCCCAAGAGAAGAGAAAUUGUACCACAGUGUCCUGAUCUUGAGCAUUUCACAGAGUACUCAGCAACUGCUGCUGAAUGUCUCUGGGCAAGGACUGGAGCCACGUCUUGAAUUCAGCCCCUCCCUCCUGGAACUGGGGCCUCUCCUUCCCUAUGGCAUUGGGGAUGAAGCUGAAGUAGUAGUGAAGAACCCCUGCAGCUUCCCUAUUGAGUUCUACUCCUUAGAAUUUGAUCAGCAGUAUCUUCUAGAAGAGCGGAUUUUGCGGAUGCUGAAGGGCUAUGAUAACCACCAUAUCCUUCUGCUGCCUCCUCGCAUGCCUGGGGAGAAGCUGCCUCUCGAGGUGCUGGAAUAUUUUGAGGAACAAAAGAAGAUUCAAGGCGACCAGGAAGGAUUGAAUCUGGAUAAUGAGGAAGAAGAAAGCACUCACUUUUCUGAACAUGGAAUGAAGCCUCACCCUUCGGUUGUGCAAGCAGCAGCCAUGGGGGCCUCUGCUCUUCCUUCUCUGUCACUCAUGGACAAUAACCGGACACUCCAGGCAGAAUCCAAAAUUGAUCAGGAGGAAGAAGAGGAAGAAGACGGAACUGAAAAAGGUCAAAUGCAAGUAGGGAGUCAACAAAGCCUCAACAAGCAUAAGGAAGCGGUUGGAGAACUAGACAACAAUCCUGUUUCUAAAGCCAUUGCUCGCCAUCUUGGCAUCGAUAUCUCUCCAGAAGGACGCGCUGCCAGAAAUCGUAGGGGUAUUGCUAUUAUAAUUCAUGGAGCUCCCCUUACAGGGAAGACUAGUGCUGCUGUAUUCCUGGCCAAACACUACAGUGCAGCUUGCUUGUCCAUUGACUCGAUAGUCCUGGAAGCCAUCUCAGAUGGGAGCAGUUCAGCAGGACUUCGUGCACGUGAACUCUGCAUCCGAGCUGCUAUUGAGCAGGCCCAGCGAGAAAAUGAGGAUGGUGGUAAGCAAGAGGACAAGUUUUGGGGAGCCCAGCAUUACCACAUGUUUCCAAACAAGCCUUGCUUUUCCCCCCUCUAA